AUGUAUUACCUUCUGCCUCUGGCGGCGCUGGUGCCCCUCUACCUGUACCGACACCUAUAUAUUUCGCGACCGACUGGCAACGCCUGUCCGUAUCUGUCCGCAAAUAACCAAACGGCCGCGACCUUCGUGGCCCAGGCGCAUAAUGAUUUGCACUUCAAGAAGAUGAUCAUACUCGUGGGGUCCACGAUCUCCACGGAGGAAGUGGGCAUGCGAUGGAGAGAUGACGCCGACAAAAAGAUGCCUCCCACAAAGGAUGACGUAGAAGAUGCGGACAGCGACCCCCUGGGCGGGUCAAUCUUUGCCGACCCUUCCAGCGAUUACACGAGUUUACAACUCUUUGCCCACAUGUUUUCGGACAAUGUAACCUCGAGUCCUGCGGACCUGCUCGACUCGGUACCUGCCGAUCGAAAUUCAAUGACCUUCCUUAGAAGGCUACAAGAGGAGCCUGACCCUAGAGCAGGUUUGGACAACCACACCACCCAUCCGACCGGUGAUCGCGAAGGCCAUCACACUGGCACUUCGACAGCCACUCCCGUAGGUGGUGCCGUUUCCUUAGGUAGUAAUACAGGUAGUGGAACAAUUAGUGAAGUCUUGGAGACGGUGGUCAGCACGACCAAACCCGCCGUUAUUCAUGACCAGCUUCCCGGCGUAGACAUGGAGCCACCUGGUGAAGCGGAACCUGGCGAUGAUUGGACUCAAUUGGAAGGGUCGCCGGUGCAUCCUGUAUCGGAGCCUUCCGCCAGUCGUCCUGGGGAGACCGUGGAGCGUCUGGCGGACGAGGCUUUGGCCGCUCCCCCGGGGCCAUCAGUCGGUCCAUCUGGAAUGUGGUUGCAGGGGUUCUCGUUGGCGAACAUUGUGGUGGUGGAGACGUUUGAGGGCUGGGUGGUGUUUGACGCGGGGGAGAGCACGAACACUACGUUGCAGGCGCUGGAGCAGUUGGCGGAGUUGAUAGCGUCAUGGGAGCCAAGUGUGUGUGAAAGGGCAGGGAGGAGGGUCACACACGUGUUUCUCUCGCAUCACCACACAGACCACACGGGUGGGAUCAACGGAGUGCUACGGUUUAACGAGCAGCAGGGCGAGUCGGUUGCCGUGACGAUAUUGGCACACGCGGAAACGAAUGAGGCCAUGCUUAACUUUUACCUGGCGAUGGCGACGAAGAAGUUCAAACGCGCCGUGAAACAAUUCGGGACGGCGAAGAGUCUGCGCGACCACGAGCCGACGUCCAUAUCUGCGGGAAUCGGUGGUGCCUAUACGCUCGAGAGGGACGACCCCCCUGGCAUCAUCUUCCCCAACUACGUCUGGGAGGGUGCCAGUCUCGAUGUGCCACUGUCGCCGCACCUGCGUAUCCAAGCCUUGUACUUGCCGGGCGAGACGCAAGACCAGGUAUGCUUCUUCGUACCCCAACUCAGUCUCUUCCACUUCUCGGACAACUUCUACUUCUCUUUUCCCAACGUCUAUCCUCUCCGAGGAGGCCCCUACCGCUCCCCCGCGGUCUGGCAAGAAAGUCUCGACGUCUAUCUCCACCAAUACUGGAGUAAAACCAAAGUCGCCACUCUAGGACACACCAGCCCUGUCUUCGGCCGCGACGCAAUUCGUUAUAUCGUCGAGCGAUAUCGUGAUGCACUCGCCUUUGUGCAACAUCAGACCAUACGUCUCCUGGAUAAGACAAGUGACAUCAACCUUAUUGCCGAUCAUGUUAACUCCCUCUUCUGGACCGCCUUCCCGCAAUUCGUACCUGAGAAGAUGCUUGAAAACGAUAACGAAGGCCCGCUCGACGACAAGGGCUCUCUGGACGUCGCACGACGUAUGAGCAGGGACCGAUCCUUUGGACACCACCGACCUUAUGACGGGCAGUCUGGGGCCGACAUCAACACGGCUUCGAGCAGUCGAGGACCGCUCCGAACCAUGGGUCGUAACGCGGGAAGCGCGUGGUCGCGGUCGGUGGAGAGCGUGGAGGCCAACCUGAACCAGGACGUGGUGUCUAACAUGCUCACAGAUCCGUUGAUGCCGUAUUACGGACAGUUGGAGUGGGCAGUGAAGGCGGUGGCGGACGCGCAAAUGGGCUGGUUUGACGAGAACCCGAUCAAGCUGAAUGCGCACAAGCUCAACAACGGGGACCGGUCGCGCAAGCUGAACCAGGUCGUUGACACAUUGGGCGCGGCAGCAUAUAGUGACACCAUUCCGGUCCUUAAGGAACUCGUCCAAGACUACAUCUCGCAGGGAGAAUGUCAGUGGGCGCUGGAGCUCUGUGAGCUGUUCGGGAGCAGCCAACAGAAACUACCGGAACGCGUCCAGCUGGGCCAAUGCCAGAAGUUGUCCGCCGAAUUACACGACCUAAUUCGGGACGGCGAACUUCGGGACGAUGCUCUGCCGCUGUCCGGACAGGGCGCCGCCGCGGGUCGGAGCACCGUGAGUUUACUAGAUGAGGCGCUGGAAUCCGCCGAUAAGCUUGAGGAUGACGAUGACGACGGAUAUGCGGUAGUAGACGAGUCUCACAUGAGCCCGGAUUGGCAAGCCAGCGUGAAGAUUGUGGGCGGUUCCCUUGUCGCGGGGCCCGGGGUUUCCCACGGAGGUGGAGUCCCGAAAAGUCUAGACGAAGGUGCUGCCCACGGAGGUGUCUCAAACGGAGGUGCUUCAGACGGAGGUGCUUCAGACGCAGGGUUCACUGAGAGCGGGGACUUUGCCGAGGACUUUGCCGGGGAGAGUGGGGAGUUUUCAGCGGGCAGUGGCGACUUCUCGGGGGAGAGUGGGGGGAUUGCGGUGCGUAACAAGUUGCUGGAGAAGUUGGUGCGCCAUCAGUGGGAGUCAUCUCACUGUGUGAAAACUUCGGAGGAGUCCACGCCCGGAUCGCGACCCGUCUCCGAAGCGCGUCUCGUCGGUUCAGACUUGCAGUGUCUGCGCAAAAAGGCAUUGUGGUGCCUGGCCGAACAGGAGAUUAGCGCCAGUGGGCGGAACUGGUACCUGUCGGAAGCCGCAAGCACGGACGCUGACGAGGACGGAAAAGCUUUUACGAGAAUGAUGCGCGACAUCGUCAUUGAAAAUAUUGCAGAUCUCGACCCCGUCGUCAAGGGGCUAAGUUACCGAUUCGUGCCCUUCGGCGAUGCCAAACACAGCAAGGAGUCCUGCAUCUUCUACCUAACAAUCCUUCCUGAGAAGAAUAUGCGGAAUUCCGUAGAUGACCCUGUACUCAAUACUCUACCAAAUGUUAUCAAAAUGGAACCAAUCGAAAACCAGGCCAUCACAUACGAAAUCCUCUUCAGAAAUCAAGUAUUCAAUGUUAAAAGAAUUAAUAAUGCCUACGAUAUCGAUUGGUACUCGUUGCAGCACUUCAAAUCUUUUGAUAUGAAACUUAGAUGGUCUGGGCUAAAGGCGAUUUUCCUACGAAAGCAUAGUGCGCCAAGACUCAUAAUGGACGGAAAACUCAAACUUCCAACUGAAUUCCCCGUACCGAUCACUGCCUUGCAGCAAGCGAGAUCAGACCAGGAAAUUAAAAACAGAGUCAACGCGAUCUUGAACAAAAAAGGCCGGCUAGGUGUGGUCGACCGAAUUCGGAUGUUUAUACUCUUUGCCGAAAUCAUGCUGUCAUUAGAAACAAGGUGA